AAAGUCUUAACUUAACACGCAUGCGUAGUAUACGGUAACGAGGGUAAACAAUGGAGCCUCCAAGUCUUGAUCUUUUUUUUCGAGACUAGACAGAUUAAAAAGUCAAUAUAUAGUACUUGAAUAAAGUUAAGAAAAUGGAUUUUUCACCAACAUUAUCAGGCGUGGAUGCCAUCCACAUAGCCACAGUUUUUGAAGAUUGUGUAGACCAGUUAUCUGUUCUAGGUCGGAUUAUGCCUACAUCAUAUGAGGCUAAAACAGAUGCUUUAGAGGUUGUUAGAGGAGAGCUUUUGCAGUUGGUUGAUUGCCAAAACCAGCUGGAGAAGAAAUAUCAGUCUGUGCUUGCUAAGAAGAUUGAACUGCUUGGUACCACCAAAAAUGCUGGCAAACUUCUUUCAGUGGAGAAGGAAGUCAUGGAUGCUGGUGGAGACUUAAAAAAUUCUGCUUAUGUUUUUGGAAGAACUUUAAAACAGAACCCAUUAACAGCUGAUAAUUUAAUGAAGAUUCAAGAAGAUAGGUCUUAUGUUGAAAGAAUAAUAGCAGACACUAUGACAGAGUUGGUGCAGAAAUGUAGCUUUCAAACAAUGGUAGAGGCUGUAAAGGCAGAGAGACACAGAAAAGCUUCUCUACAGAGUACCAUACUCCAAGAACAGGAGGGCAGAAAAAGAGUUAAGGAACUUCAAAAGCAACUCAUGGAUGUUAAAAGGUCCAAGGAAACUGAGAUUCAGCAGAGGAAAGAAAUGAUCUCUCAUUUGAAAGAUCAGCUACAGGAAAUGAAAGCAAAAACAACAAUGGAGGGAAAGUACAUUAAAAAAUGUGCAGAUGUGGCUGUCGCACAGUCACAGAAAAGAUGCAACAUGACAGAAAAACAGAUGAAAGAUGAAAUUGAGAGGUUACAACAUACACUGGAUGAGGAAAACAGAGCACAUAAGGAGAUUGUCAACUUUCUACAGGGGCAUCAGACUGAUUUGGAGAAAAAACUUGACUUCUGGAUUGAGAAAUAUGAAACAGAUAAAGAGGCUAAGCAAAAAGAGCUGGAUACGUUGAAACAAACCAAAGCCAAGGACUUGGAAAAGUUGCAGGAACUCACUAAACUGUACAAAGAAUAUGAGCAGAUAGUUGUAGAGGACAGGAUAGAGAAAGAGAAAGCUAGAAGAAAAACAGAACAAGAGGCAAUUGAACUCAAGUCAUCAAUUAAGUUACAAGCAUGGUGGCGUGGUGUUAUGGUGCGCAAAGGUUUUGGUCCAUUUGGCAAAAAGAAAAAGAAAGGCAAGAAAGGUAAAGGUAAAGGAAAAAAGGGAAAAGGCAAAGGUAAAAAAGGAAAGAAGAAGUAAAGGAUAAAAUAUUUUGUGUGACACUGAUUAAGAUUGAUAAAAAUAAUUAUUCUAACUGGUGUACAUAUAAAUAAUAUAAGAAAGUGUAGCUUGAUAAACAGAUUGACAACUUCAAUUGACCCAUAAAUAAACAGCCAUAUUGUUUUGAUCAUUUUAGUCUUUAGUAAAAGUAAAUAAAUUAAUGUAUUCUUACAUAUUUUCUCUAGUAUUUAUAUUGAUACUGUCAUAUAGUAAACAAAAACUGUAUAAAGAAAAAAGAUUUUUAAAAAUUUAUGAAAAAUGGAUUUUCAAU